AUGGAGGGGACGGGGGGAUUCGAACCCACGUGGAUUGCUCCAAACGGUUUUCAAGACCGCCGCUUUCAAGAAAUAACUAAUCUAGAUAUUGGCCAAGAAAAAUUAGAAGGUGAUUUAGAUUUAAGUGAUUUUGUAAAUUUAAAAGAGUUAGAUUGUUCCAAGAAUCAAAUUACUUCUCUAAUUCUACCUAAUAAGUUAACAUCGCUUUGCUGUUUGGAAAACAAAUUGUUUACGCUAGAUAUAAGCAAGUGUCUACAAUUGAGUGUGUUUGUUUGUGACCCUAGCAUAAAACCUUUUCAAUUAGUAGUUAAAAAAGUUCGAGCAGAAGAAAGAAAAAAAAUUAGUAACAUUUAUCAACAAUUAAAUACUCAACAACCUAACUUAGAGAAAAUUAAAAAAGAACUUUUAACAAUCCAAAUAGAGGAUAAAAAGAACGAAUUAGAAAGUUUAAAAAAUACUCUUAAAAGCAAAUUAGAUGAGAAUUCAACAGAAUGGUUAGAUACUUUUCUCGAAGCCCAAGUAGCAUUAGAACAAAAUGUUAUCACUUUUGUCCGAAAUCAGUUUAACAAGGCCAGAGGAAAGUUAAAAGAGAAAUUAAGCGAAGAGGAGGCGAGUAGUCUUUAUCAAUUACAAGCCGAAUUAAUUGACUUAAAAAAAGAAUUGGAGAAACAAGAAAGUGGUGAAAUGGAAGUAAAAAUAGAAGUUAAAUAA